CCUGCUGCCACCUGUGCGAUUGCAGAAGUGUCCAUCAUGUCGCUAGAUGAAGAGACCCUCGAGGUAGUCGCCAAUGGCGGCCCGAUGGACUUCGAGAAAUGGCCCAGCAUGAUCGACCCUCUACUCGAACGAUUGGAACAUAUCGUCUACAACAUCUUCCCCAUGCCCCAAAUUCCCCCCGAACCAGCAUCCCAUAGACCAACCUCCAAUGCACAAGACCCCAACACCACGAACGACAACAGCAACAACAAAGACACCUCCCUCGCAACAACAACAACAACCACCUCACCAAACCCCUCUCCAGCCAACUCCCACCCCACCCUCCCCGAACCGCUCCACCUCCUCCUCACCACCAUCAAAUCGACCCUACGCUCCCUCUUCGCCACCAAACCCCCCCACACCAUCCAACGCCUCGCGGAGCUCAUCAUCCGCCCCACCGCGCACUACCACACCCUCCCAGCCUACCUCCGCGCCAUGGACCGCGUCGUCUCCGUGACCAGCAGCGCAGAUAUCUUCCCGCUGCAGACCCAGCCGUCCACGACCGCCACGCACCCCAACGGCGCGAUCCUCAACGGCGCAGAGUCCACCUUCGUCUUCCCGGACCCCACGCCCGGUAGCGACGAGUCGCUCGGCGGCGCGCUCUUGACCCCCAUCCCCUGGUUGAGUAACGUUGCGUCUUCGCCAGAAGGCGAAAGUGUAAGUGCGGCUGCAGCGGUUGUCGAGGACACGACUGGGUUCCCUGCGCAGGGCGCUGGGAUAUCCGCGCAGGAGACGGCGGGGCUUGUGCCGUCAUCUACGGAAGAGGUGGCUGUUGCGGUUACGAAUGGGGGUGAAGGGACGGCGGCGACGACGGGAUCUCCGCCGCCGGAUGAUUCAGAGGAUAUUCCGCAUGCGCGGGGCCCGUCGGUCGUCGGGGUGGAGGAUCUGGGGUUACAGGAUGGGAAGGGCGUGGAGAUGGAUCUUUCUGCCGCUGAGGGGGAGGCGGGGUCAUCUGGGCUUGAGGCUGCGGGUCAGGAGGGUCCACAGGAGCAGACAGGUCAGGGAUUGGGAGUGGGAUCGGACUCGGAGGCGAAGUUGACUGCCGACGGGGACGGAGAUAUCUCGUUAGAAGAUGCGAAGCCGGCGGGGGAAGAGAUGGCCGUGUCUGCCGAGACGGCUGAGAAAGAUACACAGCAGGCUUAGGCUUAGAGAGCAUGGUAUCGAUGUCAGUGUCGGUGUCAGUGUGGUCGAUGUGGAUGAAUGGAUGGAUUGGAGCUACAGUGACAGUGACAGUGACAGUGACAGUGAUAGCGAUAGUGAUAGUCUAUUAGCGUGCGUAUCGAGUCGCGCUCAGUAUGUGUACGUAGUAUCUUUGCGUUUUUGCUUUUGAG